UGAGGUAUGUUGGAAUUUGUAUUCAUUAGUACUGCGGAGUUUGUCACAAGUCGUAUACAUAGCAUACCGGUUUGUAAGAUGAAUCAGUUAUUAUGGGCGUUGGUUUUCUGUGCUUUGUUAUUUGAUUAUGUGAUUGAAGCCUGUGACCCUUGUUCUUGUGAAUGGGAUAGUGAUUGCUCUGGACAACGGGCUAACUGCAAAAAUAAAGCAUUAACAGAAGUACCUUCCACACUCCCCAGCAACACGUGUGCAUUAGAACUAGACAACAACAAUAUAACUUCAAUUGGAGACAAUGUGUUUAAGAAUUUGACAAAAUUGGAGGAAUUGAAACUAACCGACAACAGGAUAACCACAAUCGAAGAUAAUGCAUUCAGUGGUUUGACAAAACUACAUACAUUAUAUUUGGACCGGAACAUGCUAACUGCAGUAAAGAAUAACACAUUUACUGAUUUGAGGGACUUGUUUAACUUGUUUCUAAGUGAAAACAGAAUAACCACAAUUGACGAUAAUGCAUUCAGUGGUUUGACAGAUCUAAAGAGACUAUAUUUGGACCGGAACAAACUAACUGCAGUAAAGAAUAACACAUUUACUGGUUUAAGGAACUUGGGUUUCUUGAUUUUACAUUUCAACAGUAUAUCUUCAAUAGAAUACAAUGCUUUCAAAGACUUGAAAAAAACACUUGGGUCUAUGGUUCUAGGCAACAACAAGCUAAAUAUAGUAAAGGACAACAUAUUUACUGGGUGGACGAGGUUACGGGAAUUGUAUUUAGACAACAACAUUAUAACCGCAAUAGAGGAUAAUGCAUUCAGAGAUUCGACAAAUUUGAAGAACCUUUUGGUAGCAUUUCGAGGAAAGAACGGCAGAGAAUUGCAUCGAUUCUAAAGAAGAAAUAAAUUACCAAUUUAUUGCGUCUUGUGAUGCUAGACGGCAUAUACAUAUUGUUUAUAAACCUUUUAUAUAUAUUUAAAAAAAAACUUUUUCACUUUUUAUUUGAUCUACUUCGAAACAUCUUUGAGCAUAAUAA